AUGGCGUUUCCAACACCCCAUAUUAUCGAACCCGAGGGCGAUCAUACACGUACGAUCAUCCUACUCCACGGCCGUUCAAGUAAUGGCGCCGAGUUCGCAGAAGAGCUCUUUAGCUCACGAACAUCGGAGAAGAAGACGCUCGCAGCCCAUCUACCUGGCUGUCGCUGGGUAUUCCCGACAUCUCGAGAUCGAUGGAGUAAGGUCUUUGAGGAGGAUUUGACUGCCUGGUUUGACAUCUACUCUCUAUCAAACAUCUCAGAGCAGCAGGACCUUCAGAUUGACGGUCUGAGAGAAUCUACGCUGUAUAUUCUGGGAGUCUUGGAGCGUGAGGUUGCGCUUUUAGGAGGCAGAUCUGACAGGCUGGUACUCGGUGGAAUGAGCCAGGGCAUGGCAGCGGCUCUCUGGACCUUGUUAUGCUCUCCUGGACGGCUCCAGGGGAGGAUUGGCGGCUUUAUUGGGAUGUCUGGAUGGCUUCCUUUCGCCAAUGAGAUACAAGGCCUACAGUCUCCGCGAGAGAUGAUACCAAAGUUCCUCUUUGAUACGGUUCGAUGCGAAGAACAGGUACAAGCGAGUACCGAGGAGUCUGGGACGAUGCUGUCUACGCCUGUGCUACUGCUGCAUGGGACUGAUGAUGCUUGGGUCGAUGUUGAGCUGGGUCGACAGGCGCACGCAAGCCUGGUGAAGCUGGGGAUGAAAGUAGACUGGAAGGAGUAUACAGGGGCGGACAACGACGGACACUGGGUCAAGGAGCCUGAGGGCCUUGAUGAUAUCGUUCAGUUUCUCGAGGCUGCCUGGGCUUGGUAUUAG